AUGAAAGGUGGAGAGGAAAUGUAUGCGCAGAAAGGCCAGGUAUCGAUAUUGUUGUUGGCUGUUGUAACCGUGUUACCAAUACCAAGCUGGAGAUAUUUUGUAGGUUUGGAAGCACCCUCGGAAAUAGAACGGAGAGCUCGGGGAACGGAGGGCUUUCGGGAUGUAUUUUUUAUGGGCCCAGUAUGUUUUGAACUAGCACGAUGUCUUGAACUAGCACGACGAUACCGUACAAGUUUGGAAAACACCUCGAGCUACCAAACUCCCCAAGAACCCGAAGCUACUCGAGCCUUCUUCCUCUGGGAAAAAUCGCAGGCCUUCGGAACCUAUUACAUGCAUCAGACUGUGCAUAGAGUCCAGGCACGAGGCUACCAGAGUGCGUAA